GAGAGAGAGAGAGAGAGAGAGCGAGGAACACUUUCAACCACGUCGGCAUAAAUCUUCCAUCCUCUCUCUCUUGACGGACUUCACUUUAUUCCUCUGCGCGCCAAUGCCCCAGACCGCGGCGAAACGACGGAUUUUUUCCCCUUGAGCAUGAAAAGGAUUGCCGAACCGUCCGCAAUCCAAAAUCACCCACCGAGCCACCAGCAUGAGCACUGGAUACAUAUGCUCCAGCAGAAGUUGUGGGCUAGAGAACUAACGCAUCUCGGAUCGCAGAUACAGCCAAGAGAGGAGAGUCAGUUUUAGGUCUCCACAUAAUGGAGCGAGAAUGAACAGAGAGCGGCUUAAGAAAAAGCAUGAACUGGAGGUUUAUUGAGGUCAUCUGCUUCCUGUUUAUAUGGGACCAUAUAACAGUUCAGUCUUCCCGCCAGGACCCAUUGGUAACUGAGCAACAUGUCACCAAGCAAUAUGACUGGCUCAUCUCUGACCGCGGACCUUUCCACCACUCUCGAAGUUAUCUGUCCUUUGUGGAAAGAUUCCGGCAAGGAUUUACGACCAGAUAUAAAAUUUAUAGGGAAUUUGCACGUUGGAAGGUGAGGAACACAGCGAUCGAGAGACGGGAUUUGAUCCGGAACCCUGUGCCUCUCAUGCCCGAGUUCCAGCGCAGCGUACGCUUGCUGGGCCGCAGACCUACUACUCAACAGUUCAUUGAGACCAUCAUUAAGAAAUAUGGAACUCACAUUCUCAUCUCAGCCACCCUGGGAGGAGAGGAGGCACUGACGAUGUACCUGGCCAAGAACAAGUUAGACAGGAAGCUUGCCAACACCACUCAGAAUGUGGAAGCCCUUCAUCAGCUGGCCUCGUCUUACUUUAUCGACCGUGACGGCACAAUGAGGAAGCUGCACGAGAUCCAGAUCUCCACUAAUGCCAUCAAGGUGACGGAGACACGGACGGGCCCGCUGGGAUGCAGCAGCUACGACAAUCUGGACUCGGUUAGCUCAGUCCUGUUGCAGAGCCCCGAGAGCAAGCUUCAUCUGCAAGGUCUCCAGGUCAUUUUCCCAGAGUACCUGCAGGAGAAGUUUGUCCAGUCGGCUCUGAGCUACAUUAUGUGCAACGGAGAAGGAGAGUACACCUGUCGCAACAACCAGUGCAUUUGUCAGUGUGCCGAGGACUACCCACAAUGCAACUGUCCAAUCACAGACAUCCAGAUUAUGGAGAACACCCUGCUGGGAAUGUCCGAGUUGUGGGCUGCCUCGUACAAAGACUUUGAGAGCUCUGAUGAGUUCAAGUCCUUUCUGAAGAGGCUGCCCUCGACUCACUUCCUGCCCAUCAGCAGCGUGCACCUCCUGUGGGGGAGUGACUGGGACUUGCAAGCUCGCUACAGGCUCCUCCAGAGUUCCCUCGACAUUCAGCGCUCCAAGAUCCAACACACCGCCCGCAAGCUCUUUGGCCUCAGCAUCCGCUGUCACCACAAUCCCAACCACCAGAUGCCCAGGGAGAGGUCUGUGAUGCAGUGGCUAAACAGGGUUCAGUCGUUCCUCUACUGCAAUGAGAAUGGGUUCUGGGGGACGUUCUUGGAGAGCCAAAGGACAUGCGUGUGCCACACAGGCGUCACCCUGUGCCAGAGACCCAUCCCUUGUGUCAUAGGUGGCAACAAUAGCUGUGCCAUGUGCAGCCUGGCUAACAUCUCGCAGUGUGGCUCCUGCAACAAGGGCUACAAGUUGUACCGUGGACGCUGUGAACCCCAGAAUGUGGAUUCAGAGCGAAGCGAGCAAUUCAUCAGCUUCGAAACCGAUUUGGACUUUCAGGACCUGGAGCUCAAAUACCUGCUACAGAAAAUGGAUUCUCGGCUGUACAUCCACACCACGUUCAUCAGCAACGAGAUCCGGCUGGAAACAUUUUUCGACCCGCGAUGGCGUAAGCGCAUGUCCCUGACUCUGAAAAGUAACAAAAACAGGAUGGACUACCUCCACAUGAUAAUCGGUCUGUCGAUGAAGAUCUGCCAGAUGCGUAACAGCAGUAUCGAUCCCAUGUUCUUUGUUUACGUCAACCCUUUCAGCGGCAGUCACUCAGAAGGCUGGAGCAUGCCCUUUGGAGAACACGGUUACCCCCGCUGGGAGAAAGUCCGCCUGCAGAACUCCCAGUGCUUCAACUGGACUCUGCUGCUGGGGAACCGCUGGAAGACCUUCUUUGAGACGGUGCACAUCUACCUGCGGAGCCGUGCUAAGGUCCCCACCGGCCUACGCAACGACACGGGACAGGGGCCUGUGGAUCUGGCGGACCCGAACAAACGGCAGAUCUACAUAAAAAUAUCCGAUAUUCAAGUUUUCGGUUACAGCCUGCGUUUUAACGCUGACUUGCUCCGCAGUGCGAACCAGUCGUACACACAGGGAAGUCAGUUCUACUCAUCCUCAUCCGUGAUGCUCCUCCUACUGGACAUAAGGGAUCGGAUUAACCGCCUCGCCCCUCCGUCGGCUCCGGGGAAACCCCAACUGGACCUUUUCUCCUGUAUGCUGAAACAUAGGCUUAAGCUCACCAACAGUGAGAUGAUUCGAGUCAAUCAUGCUUUGGACAUGUACAGCACAGAAAUACUCAAACAGUCAGACCACCUGACUGCUAAACUCUGUUGAAAAUGACAAGAGCGAAGAAAAAACACACAUCCAACAAAAGGACAAUACGAGGGUUUGAAUCUUAAUUUGUUCUUUUUUUUUUCAUUUUUGGACCUUUUCUGCCUUUUGAUGUAAUAUUAACUUUGUAAUCAUAAUUCUUAACAAGAAAAAAAAAAAAGAAAAGCCAGUGAUGAAAAGUAAUUUCAGGAAGAUAAAGAAGAUUAUUGGAUAAACUCCAAGGACUGUAUCAUAUUUGUUCCCAGCAUGUCUGUCAUUCCCUAAAAGAACUUAAAAGAGAUAGAACGACAACGAGAGUGAGUGAGAGAGAGAGAGAGAAGAAAGUUUAAUUUAUGUACCGGCGAAAAGAGGCCUUGACUUUAUCCAAGGGAUCAAAGGUUUUAUCUGAAACUGCCAUUCUUUAUUGAGAAAAAAAAGACAUAAAAAUAAAAUAAAUUUUUAAAGGAACAAUGACGCAAGGGCAGACCAGAUAUCCUUUAUUUCGGGGAAUGUUCCGAAUAUUUCAGACCUUGUAGACAGUUUAUUAUGGGAGGUGUUUCUACCUUGUCAGCGUUAUUAGCCCUAGUGAAGGCGUAAUCCACUCCUCAUAGACCAACCCACAGAGAAUCGGCAUCGCUCUUCAUAAGUUACCGUGAGAGCGGCGUGGUCUGGACAGUGGGGCAGUGAUGGAUCGUCAUGUCGGAUAACAGAAGCCAGCUGUUUAUAAAUAUACAUAUAUAUGUGGGUGAUUGUGUGUGUGUGCGCGCGCGAGUGUGUUUGUUAGCGUGCACAUACCUUUUUGGCUUGAUGCUUAUCGUCGUUUGUUAAUUGAAUGUGUUAUUUGAGACCGACUCCCGUCCCAGCUGAAUUUGGAUCGCUUCUUCUUCUUCUUCUUCUUCUUCCCGUGUUUGAAAUACUACAAGCUGUUUCUUCCUUUGUUUCUUUUCUUUUCUUUUCCUUUCUUUUUGUUUUUUCUUCUUCCUUUUUUUCACAAGGCAGUACCUCCUGGUGCGUGAGUGCAAUAUUGUGGUCUGAAGAUUUAACAAUCAAUGCUAUUUUGUACAGCUUUGCAAAACGUACAUGUUGUGACUGCUGAUUUGUGGAGCUUUUUCAGCACCGAGAGCAAAACAUUCAUUGUUCAGACACAUUCGCAAGACAACUUAAAGCCAUACACUUCCCUGAGGUAGACAUGGAAUACACCCAUGUUUUAUAUAGUACUGAACCCACGGCAAAGACUUAAGUGUUCCAUUUGUACGUCUUUAUGUCUGUAGUCCGGUUCCUCACUUGGUUUCCAAUAGGGACAAAUUAAAAAAUGGCAGAAAAUCCAUGAGGGAAUAAACCUGAUGAGAAUCUUUUGAAUUUAAUUGAAUUUUGUGACGUCAGUUGAAGAAAGAAGAAGGAAACAGUUUCUGUAUUGCAGUGUUAAAAAAAAAAACAAAAAAAAAAACGUUGGCAGUGAUUAAUAUUUUAGUUUUUAUGGCCAUGUAUGAAAACACCUACAAUAAUGUUACAGAGCUCUGGAUCAAAGGUUUUGUAACGCUCCUUUUUUUAUAACUUUUUGAUUAGGAUUUUCCAAGUGGUUGUUUCUGAGAAGCUGCGACGAGUAGUUUUGGUAAUUCAUAAAAUAAUAAAAAAAGUAUUUAGGUUUCUUAAAAAUUAAAAAUAACCUAAAUGGACAUUUGAAAAUCCUAAUAUCACUACUUUUGGAAUUUAGUUUAGAAUAUUAUGAAAUAAGAUAAAGAAAUAAACUUAAAGAAUUUUAAGGGUACAGUUAUAAAGGAGAGGCACAGAUUUGUGUGGAUCGAGUGAAUGUUACAUAAAAGAGAAAUUACACCCUUUUACAAACGCGCCUCCUACAGUCAUUCCCCAAACUAUAUAUAAAAAUCAACAAUACACAAUAAAAAAAAAUUAGGAAGAAUACGAUGGACUUUAGCUAGGUUGAAAAUUUAGAUUAAAAUUUAGAUUUUUAGUUUCCAAAAUACACAAAUAUGCAGUACACAAAAUGCUGAGAAACACUCAAGGUAGUAACACAUACGGAGUUGAGUCACAACUCUAAAUAGGUAACGUAAUAGUUAAAAAAAAAAAA